AGGGGGGUGGUGUCCCCGGCCGGUUUGGGGGGUGCGUUGCCCGGAGACGGAAAGUUUGGGAGCCGGUACAGGCUCCGCAGCGGCCCCGGUAGUGGGGUCUGGGGGGCGGCGGCCCUGGGGAUGGGGAAGGAGCAGGAGCUGCUGGAGGCGGCCCGCACGGGGCACCUCCCGGCCGUGGAGAAGCUGCUGUCCGGGAAGCGGCUCUCCUCAGGCUUCGGGGGCGGCGGCGGCGGCGGUGGCGGCGGCGGCGGCGGCUCCGGGGGCAGCAGCAGUGGCGGCGGCGGUCUCGGCUCCUCGAGCCAUCCCCUCUCCAGUCUGCUCAGCAUCUGGAGAGGGCCAAAUGUGAACUGUGUUGACAGUACUGGGUAUACACCUCUGCACCAUGCUGCUUUGAAUGGCCAUAAGGAUGUGGUCGAGGUUCUUCUGAGGAACGACGCGCUGACCAACGUGGCUGAUUCUAAAGGCUGUUACCCUCUGCACUUGGCAGCCUGGAAAGGAGAUGCCCAGAUAGUGCGGUUGCUUAUCCAUCAAGGGCCCUCACACACCAAAGUCAAUGAACAGAAUGCUCUUGAGAUCAAAGAACUCAAAAAGUACGGCCCCUUUGACCCUUAUAUCAAUGCCAAGAACAAUGACAACGAGACGGCCCUGCAUUGUGCAGCACAGUACGGCCACACGGAGGUGGUAAAGGUCCUCUUAGAGGAGCUCACUGACCCCACCAUGCGCAACAACAAAUUCGAGACACCCCUGGACCUGGCCGCGCUCUACGGGCGACUGGAGGUGGUGAAGAUGCUCCUCAACGCGCACCCCAACCUCUUGAGCUGCAACACUAAGAAGCACACCCCUCUGCACUUGGCAGCGAGGAACGGCCACAGAGCUGUGGUCCAGGUCCUCCUGGAUGCCGGCAUGGAUAGCAACUACCAGACGGAGAAGGGCAGUGCUUUGCAUGAGGCUGCUUUGUUUGGCAAGACCGAUGUGGUGCAAAUCCUGCUGGCUGCAGGGAUUGACGUCAACAUAAAAGAUAACCGUGGACUGACUGCCCUAGACACUGUCCGGGAACUGCCUUCUCAGAAGAGCCAACAGAUAGCAGCACUUAUUGAAGAUCACAUGACUGGGAAAAGAAGUGCAAAAGAGGUAGAUAAAACCCCCACACUCCAGCCAUCUCUCAUCUCCAGUAUGGACUCCAUAUCACAGAAGUCUCAGGGUGACGUGGAGAAGGCAGUGACUGAAUUGGUCAUCGAUUUUGACACAAACACGGAGGAGGAGGGGCCCUACGAGGCACUGUACAACGCUGUCUCCUGCCAUUCGUUGGACAGCACAGCCAGCGGGCGCUCAUCUGACCGAGACUCCGUGAACAGGGAGGCCGAGGUGGCUGGAGUGAAGGCCGCUGGAGUGAGGCCUAAGGAACGUCCACCGCCUCCAGCAAAACCACCACCCGAUGAAGAGGAGGAAGACCACAUAGAUAAGAAGUAUUUUCCUUCUGCAGCUUCUGAGGUCUUGGCCAUGAGACCCUGGAUUCAGGGGAGUGCAGCCAGGGAGGAAGACGAGCAUCCUUAUGAGCUGUUGCUAACAGCAGAAACCAAGAAGCUGGUGUCCGUGGACGGGAAAACAAAAGACCACAGGCGGAGCAGCGGCAGCCGGAGCCAGGACUCUGCGGAGGGGCAGGACGGGCAGGUCCCGGAGCAGUUCUCAGGUCUCCUCCACGGCUCCUCCCCGGUGUGUGAGGUGGGGCAGGACCCUUUCCAGCUGCUCUCAGCCCCUGGCCAGAGCCAUCCAGAAGGAUCCCCUGCUCAGGGCGCCUGCCCCGAGGCCAGCAUGCAGCUGGAGGAGACGGGUGUGCACGCCUCUGGAGCCUCCCCGCCCAGUGCACUGGAACAGAGUAAGAGAGUGGGCUACCCAGCGGGCCUGCCCACCACCCACAGCCAAACGCACCCCGAAACUUUGACGCACACGGCAUCUCCACACCCUGGUGGUGCCGAGGAAGAAGGAGACCGGAGCGGGGCCAGAAGCCGAGCCCCUCCCACCAGCAAACCCAAAGCUGAGCUCAAACUCAGCCGAAGCUUGUCCAAGUCUGACUCUGAUCUCCUGACCUGCUCCCCUACGGAGCAGGACGCUACAAUGGGGAGCCGCAGUGAGUCCUUGUCCAACUGCAGCAUUGGGAAGAAGAGGCUGGAGAAGUCACCUUCCUUUGCCUCGGAGUGGGAUGAGAUUGAGAAGAUCAUGAGCUCCAUCGGAGAAGGGAUUGACUUUUCUCAGGAACAGCAGAAGAUCUCAGGUUCGCGGACGCUGGAGCAGAGCGUCGGGGAGUGGCUGGAGGCGGUGGGGCUGCAGCAGUAUGAGAGCAAGCUGCUUCUGAAUGGCUUUGACGAUGUCCGCUUCCUGGGGUCUAACGUGAUGGAAGAGCAAGACCUGCGGGAAAUUGGCAUCAGUGACCCACAGCACAGGCGGAAGUUGCUCCAGGCCGCGCGGUCCCUGCCCAAGGUGAAGGCUCUGGGCUAUGAGGGGAACAGCCCCCUAUCUGUGCCCUCCUGGCUGGACUCCCUAGGGCUGCAGGACUACGUCCAUUCCUUCCUUUCAAGUGGCUACAGCUCCAUUGACACUGUGAAGAACCUCUGGGAGCUGGAGCUUGUCAAUGUGCUAAAGGUUCACCUGCUCGGCCACCGCAAGCGCAUCAUCGCCUCCCUCGCAGACAGACCCUACGAGGAGCCGCCCCAGAAGCCCCCACGAUUUUCCCAGCUAAGAUGCCAAGACCUGCUCUCACAGACGUCAUCCCCCCUGAGCCAGAAUGACUCCUGCACCGGGCGAUCUGCUGACCUGCUGCUGCCUCCUGGGGACGUAGGCAGGAGGCGGCAUGACAGUCUCCAUGAGCCUGCAGUACCCUCUCGACCAGAGCACUUCAGAAUCCAGGAGGAGCACCGAGAGGCCAAGCUGACCCUUCGGCCCCCCAGCCUGGCCGCCCCCUAUGCCCCUGUGCAGAGUUGGCAACACCAGCCAGAGAAACUCAUCUUCGAGUCCUGUGGUUAUGAAGCCAAUUACCUGGGCUCCAUGUUGAUCAAAGACCUGCGAGGGACAGAAUCCACACAAGACGCCUGUGCCAAGAUGCGGAAAUCCACCGAGCACAUGAAGAAGAUCCCCACCAUCAUCCUGUCCAUCACCUACAAAGGUGUCAAGUUCAUUGAUGCUUCCAACAAGAAUGUCAUUGCGGAGCAUGAGAUCCGGAACAUUUCCUGUGCAGCCCAGGACCCGGAGGACCUCUGUACCUUUGCCUACAUCACCAAGGACCUGCAGACUAGCCAUCACUAUUGCCAUGUUUUCAGCACAGUGGAUGUGAACCUGACCUAUGAGAUCAUCCUGACGCUGGGACAGGCGUUUGAGGUGGCCUAUCAGCUGGCCCUGCAGGCCCAGAAGUCAAGGCCAGUGGGGGCCUCUGCUGCUGAGAUGAUCGAAACAAAAUCUUCUAAACCGGUGCCUAAGCCUCGGGUCGGUGUGAGGAAGUCAGCGGUGCCGCUGCCCCCCGAUAGUCGCUGUUGUUACUGUCACACCUGCACCACCCACCGUCCUUCCUACCUACCGCUGCCGUCUGUUAGUCCUGGAGUCAAGCUGGAACCACCUGAUAUGGAGCCAGAUGCCCAGUCCCACGCCAGUGUCUCCUGGGUUGUGGACCCCAAGCCAGACUCUAAGCGGAGCCUCAGCACCAACUGAGCCACUGAGGAACCAACUGUGCUGCAGAAACAGACGCAGGGAGCACAGGCUCCCGCCACCGCUGCCACCGCCACCAUCUCACCUGCGGCUGUGAAGACCCAGGUCCCACGUCUGCCUGUAGGACCUUCUCCUGGCUGUGUGGUCUGGGCCUGCCACUGCCAGGUCUCGCAGAGUGAGCCCUGCCCUGGUUGUGGAGGAGCAUCCCAGGCCUCUGCAGAUGAGACUGGAACUCCAGAGGGUCAAGAAGUGACUUGUCCAGAAAACAUUUUUUAAUGGUAAAAAAAAAAAUUUUUUUUAUAAAGUGAACUUUCAACACUUGGCUCAAACCUCUAGGUUCAACUGCCAAUCUUUGGACAAAUGGCCAUAGGGUCAGAACAGGGGACCUGAGAUGGGCUAGAAGUCCAGCCGGUCCAGCCCUCUGUCCUCAGGACGGGGUCUUGGAGAGGUCAAGGAGGUCUGUAGAGGAAGCGGGGGGUUGGCCUGAAAGCAGCAGGUACACGGGGAACGACUGAGUUGGUCUGUUAGAAUCUGCUUUUCAAACCCAACCCAGUCAGCUGCUGUUCCUUCUGAACGGCACAACUUCUUGUCCCGUCUAGAGCUGGACACAGCCUCAGAGGCACCUGGCAAAAGCAAAGGCUCGUGCUCCGUUUCUGGGGUUCCAGACGUGAAGGUCCAGGGGCCAAAUGGAGAUGCCUGGGCCACUUCUCGGUCACAGUCUUGGACCUGGCGGUGGUCAGAGCACUCCCCUGGGCUGCCUGCCCACAGGCUUGCUGGUGACCUCAGAUUGGCUGAGUCCGGAGGAAAAGCAGCUUUGUUUGGGGCAUUAAUGGGUAGGUCAGCUGAGACUGCUGCCUGCCGAUCGGUGAUCUGUCUAAUCAGGUUGUGUGAUUAGGACUCACUUUGGUUCUCUGAAUUAAUUGCUUUGACUGUUUCCUUUCGGCCGCUGGGCUCAUCCCUGACUCCAGGUGUAGACAAGGCUAAAUUAGGUGACACUUUGAUUCUUGCCCCAUGUGGCCUUGAGGGCAAGCUGACAUCCUAGGGCACCACUGCCGCUUGAGCGCUCCUGCUUUGCUUUGCUUUUUGUUUUUGUCCUUGGUUGUGCUGCUGCUCCUGGCGGUGGCAGAAUCAGAGGGGCUCGUUCCUGUGAGGCUGAGUGGCAGAGCCAGCUCUGCUGCUCAUCCAGCACCUUCCAGAGUGGGGAGCAGAGGGGCGCCUUUCCUCCCACGGGUACCUCAGCAGGCCUGCUUUGCUGUUACUGUCCAGUCUGGUCCCCAGUCAGUGGUCAGGGCUCCAGCAGCACAUCUCUUUCCCAGCGAAGGUGGUGAGCAUGCAGGGCACCUUCUGCGGCAUAUCUGCCACCCGUGUUUGGCCAGAAAUGGAAAGCCAGGCCGUGUCUUCCUGCUGACCUGAGGCUGGCCCCUGGGUUCCUGCUCUGCCAAGGCAUCCACACUGCAGGCCCUGGGAGUCACGCCCACUCGGGGAGAGGCAAGCGAUCCUCCCCUGCUCGGUACUAAACAAGGACCUCAACACCCAGAAGGCUGACUUCUUCCUCAUGCUUCCAGGGCCUGGGAGGGGUCCCAUCGGUUCCCCUGGUGCAGUAUUCAGUCCCUGCUUCCCUCCCAGGAUUGGCGAGGGACCCCGCACUGACUGAGCGACCAGCUGCUGCUGCACCAUGUGCGGUGCCCCCUUCCUCCCCAGGAAGCCAGGUCUCCUGGAAGUAGCCUCUCUUGGAGGGUGGUCUGUCCCAAAAGAAAACAGUGUAAACACUACAAUGAGUUCCUCAAGCUGUCCUUUUGUUUUUAAGUCAUAAGUAGGUGUCUCCUCCCCUUGAAGCUGCUAUAUCUUCUAUUUAUUCAGGGUGUUUCAUAUUGGGAAGACUCGGCUAAUCUGCUCUGGCUCUGGGUUUUGAGAUUGGUUUAUUUCUGAAUAAAAAAGGAAGGGACUAGAUCCUUCUUUUUUACUCCUCUUCCUUCUCCAGGACAGGUACUCUCCCUUCCCUAGAAAGAAAUAUUUUAACAUUAAGGACAGGCUUCAAGCGGAGAAGCCCUGAGGCAGGUUCCGCAGGCAGUGUGGCAGCCUGGUCCUGAACUGUGCAGGUCCCUUCGGGCGGGACUGGAAGUGGGUUGGUACCUGCUCCAGCACAGACUCUGCUCCGCGCUUCUGCUUGCAGCUACUCUGAGCAGAGCUUCCCACCCGACAGGCUCUGCGUCUGCAGCGCUCUGUGUAACUCUGGGCGAGUCCCUUGAGAAGCCUCGGACCGAGCAGGCAGCCAGCGUAGUUGUGGCAUCAAGACGUUAUCAAGUGGGCCUGCCCUCGGCCUGCGCUGAGAUGCCCGGGCCUGCAGGACGACUGUCAGACGCAGUUCACAAAGUGUUGUUGCUAAUGGUGUGGCAGUGGGGCUGAAUUGUAAUAAAAUGUUAUUUAAUCUUUGUGUCUGUAUUUUGAUACUUGAAUGACUUCCUUUUAUUUUACUGUACAUAUAAUUGUUAAUCUGUCUGAUUUUUGUCUAAGUUACAAACAUCUUGUGGUACCAAACAUAACCAAUCUGUGCAACAUAGACUGACCUCACUACAGAAGAGAGUGUAAAUAUUCUUGGGCGUUUGGCUUUGGUUUUGUUAUUUUCAUAACUGUACAACUUAGAACAGACUGAAUUAAUAAAUGAGAAGCAACAUGAAACCA